AUGGCGAAUAGUUCGGCUAUAUUCGACAAUAACACCACUACAACCGUGUCACCUGUAAACUUUACCAGCUCAUACGGAUGGGUAGAAGUAUGUAAGAUUAUCCUUUCCAUACUUGGAAUUGUCGGAAAUCUGUUGGUUAUUGUAGUUUUUACAAGUGUAAGAAGACUUAGAACAACGACCAAUUAUUUUAUUAUCAGUUUGGCAUGCGCCGAUUUUAUCUCAUCGGUGACAAUUCUACCCCUUCCAAUGCCGAGGCACAUUCCACCAAAUAUUGCCGGAGAACUCUACUGCCGUGUCGUCUACUCCACUGCUUUCUUGUGGAUCAGCUUCAAGGCCUCAGUGUUCAAUCUCAUUGCUGUCACCAUUGAGCGUUAUUUUGCAAUUGUGAUGUCGACCAAGCAUAAGAAGAUAUUCACCAAACGUAACUGUCUGUAUUUUAUUCUCAUCGUCUGGAUGUGCGCGGCAACCGUAGAAAGCCUGGCUUUUUAUAUAUUCCCCUAUGAUUACACUCUCCGCACGUGCGUCAUUUGGUGGCCCAAUGAGAAUUACCGACUGGCUGUUGGCGUUCUUUUAUAUCUUGCAUCGUUUCUCAUUCCAGUAAUUGUACUUCUCAUUGUAUAUACGAGAAUCCUCGUCUUUUUGAAGAAGCACGCCCAGGCUAUGUUGGCUCGUAACGAAAACAACAGCCCUGCGUUUUCGUUGUUGAAGGCGCGAGAGAAGGUGGUUAAAAUGCUGUUCGUGGUGGUGAUAACAUUCACAGUUUGUUGGGCGACAAACCAGACGUUAUUUCUAGCAUUCAACUAUGGUGCACCGCUGGACCACUACGCUACAUACUAUCAAUUUUUUAUCAUCCUCGCUUUCUGCAACUCUUGCCUCAAUCCAAUGAUUUAUUCAUUUAAAAACAAGCAAUUCAGGGAUGGACUGCAAAUAGUGUUCUGCAAGAAAACAACGAAAAUACUACCUGGAAGCUCAGAACAGACACAGGCUCACACGGUUCACACUGUCGACCAUAGCGUUUGA